AUGUCAACCACGCGGGUCCGGCUACGCCCAGCCGCGCCCACGGACGUCUCGCGCUACGAGGACGUGCUGGCGCGCGUUCGCCUCCGCGUCUCCAACGCGCUGCCACGCGUCUUCCUCUUCUCGGCGCCGAUCGAUCCAUGCUUGGAACUCCCGGCGACCAACGUCUCGGCCGUCGAUGCAGCGUCGGCGACCGUCGUGCCUGGCCACCACGUGCGCUUUGGCAACCCGGCAUGGGACGCCGAGCUGCUUGGUCCUGUGCGCAAGACGAUCCGAAAAACGUUUGCGCCAAGCAGCCCGUUCUCGAUCUCGCUCGCCUACUACGCGACGAGCCUUCGCCGCUGGCCGCGCCCGCCCGGCGCCUUUGGGACGCUCUGCAUUGAGCUGCCGCUGUUUCCAGCGACGACCGCCGCACGCUGCGCCCUGUGGCUCGCCGGCACGAACCUUCCGGUGGACAUUGGCGCGUCGCCCGUGCUCGUGUACGACCUCAUCUUGAACGGGCCGGAUGUGCGGAAUGUCGAGGCGAUUGCCGGAGUUCGCGCGCUGGCCUCGCGGCCGUCGCCAACUCAGUUUGUCUUUUACAAGGCGCUGACCAACCUGAACGUCGAUCCGGACGAGCUGCACCCGCGCGACGCCGCCAUCACAUCCGUUCUCUUGACGUCGACCAUGUACGACGUGCUUUUGGCCCACCUCGAGUGGUCGCGGUCCAAAGACGGCCCGACCGUGACGUCCUGGUGCGUCGCGUCGGCCAGCGCCGACGUACCGGAUGCGAUUCUCUCGACGCCGCAGGCGUGCGUGCUGCAAGGCCGCAUCCAGGCCACCGCCGGGCGCAGUGCGUGCGGCCUAGUCUUCUGGGCCAAGAGCCACCGCGCACACGUCGCGCCGCUCGCAGCACUCAGCGAUGUCGUUCGAGGCGGCGGCACCGCGGCGUUCGGCCACGACAAUCUCGACGCGCUGCUCGAGAUGGUUUUGCCGCGCUUUCAAGAUCCGCGCGAGACAGCGCAAGACAGCUUUGGCGGCAGCGUCGCGUCGUUUUACGCUGCGCUGAGCGACGGCCACCACCUGGAAUGGAUCGAGCGCUUUCUCUGCGACGUGUUUGACGCGCCACCUCGCAGCGACGACCUGAACGCGAUGAGUCAGCUGCUGGCGCGCGAUGUCGCUACCUUUGGCUGGUCAAUCAUGGGCCCGAUGCUCUCGCGCCUCCUGGAGCGCUGGACGACGACGUCGACGUGCAACUGGCGCCUUGCGUGCGGCUACCACCUCGUCGCGAACCUCGCGGGUGUCUCGACCGACCCCGUCCGGCUGGCCAUCGACGCGCCCGGCUUCCACGAGUGGGUUGUUGACGCCUACACCGACCUCGCCGGCGCCGCGCAGAUGGCGAUCCGUCACGACGACCUAGAAAGCGAUACUGCGGCUGCACGCUGCGUGUUGCUGCACAGCUUUCAGCUCCAUGCAUACGUCGCACAACUGGACGUGAACCACCGAUGGUUCUUUGGCACCGCGCCCAGCGAUAUCGUCCGCACGAUCGCAUCGUUCCGUGGGCCGACGUAUGACCUCGACGCAAUCGUGAUGGACCUCAUGAGGGUGCACCUUAUGGCGCCGACGCUCUUCGCAGUCUAUCGACAUGGCGUCACAGCGCUCCGGGUCGAAUGGAUUCAGAUCACCCUCGAUGCGUACUCGCUCCGCGUCCUGCAGUCUACGACGCAAGAUUUAUCGGUCGACGUGUGCGCGAGUAUCCUCGGCGUCGCUGCGAUGGCAGAUGUCUUCGGCUCGUUCUUCGAUCUCAUGGCGAGCGACCGACGCCUGCACAUGCGGUCCGUGUCGACGACGCCGCGGCGAUGGACGAUCCGAUGGACGCCUCGUUGUGGCUCGACGCAUUUGCUUUUUCGUCGCGUUUGA